AUGGAGAACCCAGGCAGGUCGGAUUCCGACACGGACCGACAGAGCAAGGAAGAGAAGCCAGUUGUCAGGAAAUUAUCGCAAAAUGUUGACCUCAAACUGGCCUACCUGCCCAUGCUAGCGUGUUGCUUCGUGUCAGGCCUGACUGACGGCACCAUAUACAACGCCUACGGAACCUUUGUGUCAAUGCAAACAGGAAACACGAUCUUCGUUGCCCUCGGCACAUCUGGCUACAACAACAAGCCGUAUGGAUGGGCCAGGUCGCUUUGUUCGAUUGCCUUUUUCAUUGUAGGCUCGUUUUCAUUCUCUCGCUUUGCGCUGUACCUGGGCGGAAGACGGCGGGGGAUCAUGAUGCUCUCGUUUCUCAUCCAAGCCAUUCUGGUCAUAGCCGCCGCCUCCAUUGUGCAGGGCGGCGUCGUGGACGGCUCCUACCCGUCCAAGCGGCUUCCCACCGACGUUGAUUUCAAGGAGCUCCUCAUCAUCGCCUUGCUGAGUUUCCAGGCAGCCGGUCAAAUUGUCAGCAGUCGUACGCUCAAGGUGGGAGAGGUUCCCACCGUCGUCGUCACCAGCAUGCUGUGCGACCUCAUGUCUGAUCCGGCAUUGUUUGCGCUGGCCAAGAACGACAAACGCAACCGCCGAUUCAUCGCCUUUGUCCUGACACUGGUAGGAGCCAUCUGUGGCGGCUGGAUCUCCAAGGCGGCCGGCGCCGUUGAUCCAUCGCUGUGGACAGUGGCGGGAAUAAAGCUCGUCAUUGCGUUUAGCUGGCUGUUCUGGAAGGCUGAGCCCGACUCCGUGGUUUGA